AUGGAGCAAUGGGACCUAAUGCACACAGAUAUUCUCAGGAAAUGUGGUUCGCUGGCAGUUGAGAUGGAUUUACUACCAAUGGCAUUUUCAUUAUUGAGCCAAGUCUUAGAAAAAUUACCUACAAAUGUUCCGACUUUAUUACUAUUAUCAAAUGCUUAUUGUAAAAACAGUAGCUAUCUCAAUAUUGUUCAUCUUCUAGUUAAUGCAAUAAAUACAGGGGCAGCAAAUGUUUUUUCUGAUUACAGAGUAUGGAAAUACCUAGCAGUUUCGUACUAUAAAUUGGAUCAGUUUGAAGAUGCAAAUCAUGCUAUACUUAAAGCGUUGGAAAUGUUGAAUCCUAAUAUUUCAAACAUUGCAUACAAACUUGAACAUGCAAGUUUAUUGAUCCUGCAAUGCAGAAUACUACUAUUAUUUGAUAACCAUAAGGAAACUACAGAAAGUUUAAUACUUUAUUAUGACCAUGCAAUACAGGAAGCUCAAUGUACUGAUGUUUCAUUAUAUGUUGAAGCCCUUCUAUCAAAAGCACAAUUGUAUCGCAAGGUAAAUGAUUUCCCUAAUGCCAUAAAUCAGCUAAGAGAAAUACUCUCUGUGCUCAAUAAUCUAGGUUCCAUCCCUCCCAUUAAAAUGAAUGAUUUUUUAAAUAAACUAAGUUACACCUAUCUUCUAUUAGCUACUUUACUCUUCAUUCUCAAUGAAGAUCAUCAAUCGUCACACUUAAUAGCACAAGGUAUAACAAAGCUCCCGCACACAACAAAAUCCAUACAACCUCUGUUAUUAUUGGAGAUUCAGUUGGAUUUUCUAAAGGAAACUGACUUACAAAGGACCAUAAAUAAAUUACAGCUGGAAAUGUCUUCCAUGCCCUUAGAACACCAAACCAUGCCUAACUAUAUGAUAGGGCGUCUACUUCUCAAGGCAGAUCCUAUUAAUAAUAUUCCCUUAUCAUAUGACUACUAUCAAAGAGCCAUUAGCUCUGAUCCUGCACUCUCCUUUAUCUGGGUAUCUAUCGCAUCUUUGUAUCUGCGGUUGGGACAAAUUGAAGAUGCUAUUGCCAGCUAUUGGGAAGCGAUUAAUUUGUCCACUAAGUCAGAUUCUACAAAUUCUUCAUCAAGAAUGAGAAGUUUUAAUAAUAUCUUCACGGCAUUUGCAUGGUAUGGACUCUCUCAAGUUUAUGUUGCAACUGGUGAGAUAAAUAAAGCCAUUGAAUCAGCAGACAAGGCGUUAAAAUUAUGUGAAUUGGAGAAUGAUUGGGUAUUCUAUGAAGAGUUAAAACAAUUGAUGAGUAAAUUAAGAACAUUUAAUGGAAUUGGAAGAAACACAAGUAAAUUAAAGAUUGACCAUGUCUUUACAGAGGUCCCCAUCCAGACAUUAAUAGAAAUGGAAACAUUUCAGGAUCAUUCAGUCUUUAGUGUCGAGAAUCAAAUCGAUAGGGUUCAAAGUGAUGUUAUUGUUACCAAUUACGAAGAUGUCUGUGGGAAUAUUAAAGUUGGGAAAGAAACCCAGAAUUUAAACCUAAACUUCCCACCUCCUCCAAUUGAAACCAAGCAAGCAUAUCAAAUGCUUCCUAUGAUGAAUUAUCAAGCUCAACCUCCACGAAAGCACUCUGCUCCUUAUAAUCAACCCUAUCAAAUAUUGACCCACAGCCGGCUCAAUUCUUAUCCAAAUGCGGUAACGGUUGGAAAUAUACAGGGUGAUGUUAUCCAGGUUGCACAACAACCAAUGCCUAUUCCAAUAGCUCCUGGUGGAUACUAUAUUCCAGUUCCUGCAAAUAUGCGGUUACAGAUGGGGACUCCCUUUAACAAUAAUUAA